AUGGCGCCUGGAAAGGAGAAGAGGAAGAGUCAGAGAGCUUGGGAUGCUCUCACUCCUCCCCUCGCAGAAUGGAUCCUUGAUGCUGUCGCGACAAUGGGCUUCAGCCAGAUGACGCCCGUCCAAGCUGCAACGCUCCCCCAUUUUAUGGGAAACAAGGAUGUUGUCGUCGAGGCUGUCACCGGUAGCGGCAAGACCCUCGCAUUCCUCAUCCCCCUCGUCCAAAAACUCCUUCGCCUCGGAGAACCCACCAAGAAACACCACGUCGCCGCCAUCAUCGUCUCACCUACGCGCGAACUGGCUGCCCAGAUUCAUACAGUGUUGCUCUCGCUGCUGCAAUUCCACGAAGCAUCCGCCGAAGUCCUCCCACACCUCAAGGGCGACGAGAAGCGUCCCGCCACCACGUCCGCGGCCAUUGUGCCCCAAUUACUCGUUGGUGGCACCACGACCACUGCUCAGGAUCUCAGUUUUUUCCUUCGACACAGUCCAAAUGUUCUCAUUUCAUCACCCGGUCGACUCGUCGAGCUCCUCUCGUCUCCUCAUGUCCACUGUCCCCAGUCCUCGUUUGAGGUCCUGGUCCUCGACGAAGCCGAUCGCCUUCUCGACCUGGGUUUUAAGCCCGAUCUUCAAAAGAUUCUGUCACACCUUCCGAAGCAGCGAAGAACUGGUCUCUUUAGUGCCAGUGUUAGCGAAGCUGUUGGCGAGAUUAUUCGGGUUGGCCUAAGGAAUCCGGUCAAGAUCGAGGUCAAGGUCAAGAUGAAGGAUGGUGGCAUUCUUGAAGAUAGGAGGACACCCGCCAGUCUUCAGAUGACAUAUAUGGUCAAACCCGCCAGCCAAAAACUUCCAGCACUUGCCGAACUUCUCGAGCGGUUACCCGUGAGGCCACAGAGAAGCAUCGUUUUCCUUUCUACUUGCGCAGCCGUCGACUACUUCCAGCAUAUCCUACCAUCAAUCCUGCCAGAAGGCUUUGCUUUGGUACCGCUACACGGCAAGCACCCUGCCAAGGUUCGCGAAAAGAACUUUAACCGUUUCCUCACCUCAGUAUCACCAACAAUAUUACUUACAACCGAUCUGGCGGCCCGUGGUCUGGAUAUUCCCCAAGUUGAUCUGGUAGUCCAGAUUGACGCUCCCUCAGACCCCAAGGUCUUUAUUCACCGCAGUGGUAGAGCAGGACGUGCUGGCCGAAAGGGCCUGGCUGUGGUUAUGCUACACCCCGGGCGAGAAGAAGACUACGUCAAGUUCUUGGAAAUUCGAAAGACGCCAAUCGUGGAGCUAGAGAAACCCGAAGUCAUUACAUCGGAGGACCGCGCUGUGUCUACUACCAAGAAGAUCCGCGAUCUGGUCCAAGAAGAUAGGGCGCUCUUCGACAAAGCCCAGAAAGGUUUCGUGAGCUGGGCUCGAAGCUACGGCGCCCACCAAGCUACAUCCAUCUUCCGAGCCGCCGACCUUGACUGGGAGGACCUCGGAAACGCCUGGGGCUUGUUGCGAAUGCCCAGGAUGCCUGAACUCAAGAACUGGAAGGGCGACAAGAUGCUCGGUCAAGAGAUUGACUGGGACAACUAUGCCUACAAGGAGAAGACACGAGAACAGGCUAGAAAGGUUGCCCUUGAGGAAGAAAAGUUGGGCGGAAAGCCGGAAAAGAAGGAUGAGAACAAACGCAAGCGCAAGAACGAGGCCUGGAGCGCAAAACACGAGAAGGAGGAGGAGCGCGUGGAGCGUAGGGAGAAGCGGCACAAGCGGCGUGAGGCUGAGAAGACGGCCAAGAUGACGGAUGAAGAAAAGGUCAAGCAGAUGGAGCUUAACGAGCUUAUCGCUGAGGUUCGGAAACAGAACCAGGCCAAGGCAGAGGAGAAGGACGACGAGUUUGAAGGAUUCGACGAUUAG